AUGUCUGCCAAGCCCGGUGAGGAGCUAGGCUCGGAGGGGAAGUGGUUCGGGGAUGACUAUGAGAGAAACGGCCUGUUUGGGAGCUCGACGACCCGGUUCGACGAGUUCCGCGAGGAAUUGAAGCCGAGAGGCGGCGAGGUGGCGGGCGACCUGGAUCAACAAUUUCAUCAUUUUCAGGACGACGGGAAAAGGCCUCCCGUUGCUAUGGAAACUGCAUCUACAGAUGACCCCAUGUCUGGCCUGUUUAGGAAGCCUGCAAAUGAUGAUGGUGAUGUGUACACCUCCCUGUUGUCCAAUCAGAGCUUCUCCUCAAGCCAAGAGGCCUCUUACCUGUCGGAUGACCUGAAGCCCAACAAGCCCUCAUCUGGCUCCUCCUCUCAGGACCACUUCUCCACUGAUUCCUAUGGCAUCUUCAGCUCCAGCACCAAGACGACUUCCAGCCUGGUUGAUGACAUGCCUAAAUCUCUGUUGGGUUCAGAGAAGACAGAGGCCUACAACUAUAUGGACAUCAGCCACGGGGAUGACCUCCAUGGCCAGCGCCAGGGGCCUUUGCACGGCCUGGUGGACACAGCCUCAUCUGGCCGUGACUCCCUGGGCGGCUACAUGGACAAGCACCCUGGAAGAGAUGAAGAAGAGGAAGAGGACGAAGAGGAUGAAGAGGAGAACCUAGGACCAGCGCUGGGCUCCCACUCCUUCCCAUAUGUGGAGGAGCCGUCUGAUGAAGAGUUGUCAGACUACCGCUCCUACCGGAACCUGGGAAGCACCCCGCAGACAGCCAGCCCGGUCAAGAUCACCUUGACUGAGUCUCAGCCUGCAGCUGCCAAGGCCGAGCCGCCGCAGCAGCGCCCCUCUCCAGUCAGCGUAUCGGACCGUGAGAAUGUCCUCAGCGUGGGUUUGCAGGGCGUUCCCACCGUGACGCUGUCAGAGCCAGAGGACAACAGUCCCGCAUCCACUCCUAACGCUUCACCUACAGAGAAAGAAUUUCCCUCCCGUGACAUGUUCAAGGCUGAUGUGGUAAAGCCUGCCGCUCCCAGCAGCAGCCCAGGCACCAAGGCCAGUGGCAGGGAGAAUGACGGCAGCAGUGCAGAGUCUGGAGACUCAGAGAUCGAGCUGGUGUCUGAGGAGCCUCCCCCCUGUGACAGCGGCCCUGGCACCAAGGCCAGCAGCAACCCAUUUGCCCAGCCCGAUAAAAGCUUGGGUGCUUUCAGCCACUCUAGCAAUCCCUUUGACAAUCCCCCAGCCGCCAAGGGUGGUUUCGGCCUGACUGGCAACCACGCCCCGCCCACGGCCUACAGCAUUCUGCGGGAGGAGAGGGAGGCCGAGCUUGACAGUGAGCUCUUCAUUGAGUCUGCAUCUGAGGAGAGCCCCAAGAGAGAGCAGGGGUCCAGUGGCCCCAAACAGGGAGUCACACCCCCUUCUCCCCUGGUCCCCAGUUUCAGCCCUGCCCGCAGUGGCCCAGAAGUGGUACCAGUCGAUCCCUUGAUCAAACCAUCCACUGAAAAGGUCAAGGUCCCAGUGAAGACAGAGGAGGAUCGCCCCAGUAAGCCCAAACCCCCCACUGCUGCCGUGCCCCCAGAGGUGCGCUCAGAGCGGCCCGCCCAGGACGACCUGGGAAGCAAGAGCAAGGACACCAGUGACAAGGAAGACUUAGGCAAACCCUCUGCCUCCAUUUUCUUGGAAGGCUUUGACAAACAAAAAGCGAUUGACCUGCUCUAUUGGAGGAACGUGAAGCAGUCGGGGGCCGUGUUCGGCAGUGUGCUCCUGCUCCUCUUCUCCCUGACCCAGUUCAGCGUGGUCAGUGUCGGAGCCUACUUAGCCCUAGCAGCACUCUCUGCCACCAUCAGCUUCAGGAUCUACAAGUCUGUGCUUCAGGCUGUGCAGAAGACCGAUGAGGGACAUCCUUUCAAAGCCUACCUUGAGGUGGAAAUCGCUCUAUCCCAGGACCAAAUAAGCAAAUAUGCCGACAAAAUCCUGCUGUACACCAACACCUGUAUGAAGGAGCUUCGCAGGCUCUUCCUGGUACAGGACCUGGUCGACUCAUUGAAGUUUGCUGUUCUGAUGUGGCUCCUGACCUAUGUGGGCGCUCUCUUCAACGGCCUGACACUGCUCAUCCUAGCCGUGGUCUCCAUGUUCACUAUGCCUGUGGUCUACGAGAAACACCAGGCACAGAUUGACCAAUACGUGGGAUUAAUACGGACCCAGGUCAACUCUGUGGUGGGGAAGAUCCAAGCAAAGAUCCCCGGGGCCAAGCGAAAGGAGGAGUAGACGUGUCUGUCUCGCCGUCAAGCUGACAGCCCAGCUCACUCACUGUUGGAGAGCCCAGUCGUCAUCUGUGGGGCGUAGUGCUAUGUCAUCUUGGUGUUCUCUAAAACCAUCCACUGGAGAAGCCCUCACCCUAACUGUCUAUAGCAGUUAACACACUAACACACACACUCUACACACACACACACACACACACACACACACACACACACACACACACACACACAUACACACACACACAGUUAGUCACAAGUACAUAAAACUGUUUCUAGGUAGACAAGUACACAACUCGAAAACAAAAAAGAAAGACUUUUCUUCUUUUGUGUUGCUUGUUAUGAAGUGCAUGAAGUCAAGCCUUGGGUAAAUAUUUGAUAUCUUUUUUCGUGCAGUUUUUAAAUCACGCUACAUUUUUGUUUUGCAGUGCUUUACAACAAACUGUAAGGUUUGGCACAAAAAAGCGAAAUGCCCACAGAAAUGCUCUGCUGCCAAUGUUAAAUACUGCUUCAUGUUUCUGAGUUAGCUGGUGGGGCUUCUCUCAGUAUAUGUCAAUAUAUAUAAAUAUCAAAAACAAUUUCCUUUUGGUGUUUUCAAGCACAAAAUAAUUUGACAAUAUGCGUCUUAGGUGUGGUAAUUGUAGGGUUUUUGCUUUUGUAUAACCAUAAGGAACAAUACACAAGCUCAUGUUUAGGUACUGUUGUUCGACUACUAUGAAGACAAGGAGUAUCUGGUGAUAUUUAGCUUGUUUGAUUAACUGUCCAACUUUGUACUAUGUUCAACUAUACUCAAUGUAGUUCUUAGACCCUGGACUCUUUAACUAUUUGCACUUACAGUAUGUAUUUAAUUACAAGAAUAAGAAAAAUAAAUGUACCUUGAUGUAUAACAUCA